AUGAGUGGUUGGAUGGGUGGUUGGAUGGGUGGUUGGAUGGAUGGAUGGAUGGUUCGAUGGAUGGGUGGUUGGAAGGAUGGGUGGAUGGGUGGUUGGAUGGAUGAGUGGUUGGAUGGAUGGAUGGAUGGAUGGUUGGAUGGAUGGUUGGAUGGAUAUGUGGUUGGAUGGAUGGGUGGUUGGAUGGAUGGUUGGAUGGAUGUGUGGUUGGAUGGAUGGGUGGUUGGAUGGAUGGAUGGAUGGGUGGAUGGGUGGUUGGAUGGAUGGUUGGAUGGGUGGGUGGUUGGAUGGAUGGAUGGGUGGUUGGAUGGAUGA